AUGCUGAAGAGGCUGAGAAGAUUGCUGAACUAUCGCAACAACGCCCUGAUCGCUCUUACGCCGCUGCUGCUGCCUUCUCUUCCUCCUGUCAUUGGGACAAAGGAGGCAGAAUGUGCCUUUGUAAUGCUGCUGAUGGUGACGUUCUAGGUGACAGAGGUAAUUCAUCUGUCCAUGACCGCCAUGCUCCCCGUAAUUUUUUUCCCCAUGUUUGGCAUCAUGAAGUCCUCAGAUGUGGCGAAUGAGUACUUUAAAGACUUCCACUUCUUGCUGAGGCUCGUCACCAUGAACAAAGUUAUUUUUGCAGAAACUGACAGUCAUUUGAAAAAGCUGAAAGAAACUGUGGUGAGCAGAAAGCAUCCAGAUGUUCCUCAAGAGACCUUAAGCUGUGUUCAGAUACAGACAGUGUCACAGCCCGCUGCAGCUCAGGCUGCUGGAUGUCAGCCUGCAGCUCCCAGCAGGAGUAAACAGGACCUGAUGAUUUGUAAAACUAUGUGCAUCAGCGUUGUCUACUCCUCCAACAUAGGAGGCAUCAGCACGCUGCCCGCCACGUCGCCCAACCUCAUCUUCUCUGAGUACCUCAACCAGAUUUACCCAAACUGCAACUGCAUUAACCUCGGGAACUGGCUCCUGUUGUGCCUGCCGAUCAGUGUUAUCAUGCUGCUGCUGACACGGAUAUAGCUGUACUGGCUCUUCAUCAGCUCAGACUUCAUGUUCCUGUGGCGGUGUGAGGAGGUGCAGGCUGAGAGAGAGAAAGCCGCAAAAGAAGUGAUAGAAGAUGAGUACAGGUUGCAGGGACCCAUGAGUUCUCAGGAGCUCUUCACUGGGAUGGUUUUCCUGGUGAUGGUGUUGUUGUGGUAAUGUAAUUGCUUGUGCCACUUGGUUUGGCCUAAUUCCUCUGUUCUUCUUCUGAACGCCACCGUGGCUCUGCUGAUGGGUCUCCUCUUCUUCAUCGUACCUGCCUACGGGCCCUCCAGAAAAUAUGUAAAGAUGUGAGCAGGAUAUUUUUUGGAGUUCCAGGCCUCCGUGCCAUGGAAAGUGGCCCUGCUGGUUGGUGGAGGCUUCGCACGAGCUGAAGGGACAGAGGAUUCGGGCCUGUCAUUGUGGGUGGCCGAACUGCUGAUGCCUCUGGGUGAUCUGCCAGUCUUGGGCACGGUCACAGCCUCCUGCAUAAUCGUCACCAUGGUAACAAAGGUGGCCAGCAAUGCCGCCACCAUCACCAUCUUCCUCCCCAUCCUCUCUCCUCUGCAACAGGUUGCUCACCUGUGUGCUGGAGCGCGUGUCAGAGCGCGCGAGCUCUGUGCAGCAGCCAGUGGCGGCGGUCGCGCGCUGCCAUUCCAACAGUCGUCGCGGUUGUGA